UAGCCUUGCAUCUCAUUUCUCAAUUCUCACAUUAUUAUUCAUAUCUCUCUCUCUCUCCCCCAAGAAAUUCAACAGAGUUUUGAUUAACUUGAAAUUGUUCAACAAGAAAUGGAGAAUUCAUUGGGAAAGUACGGAAAAGAGCUUAAUCUCGAGGCUACAGAGUUGAGGUUGGGGUUGCCUGGAAGCGAUGAGCCUGAGAAACGUUCUGCUGUUAGAAGCAACAAGAGAUCUUCACCAGAAGCAAGUGAAGAAGAGUGCAUAAGCAAGGGCAACAUGAAUUCUUCUGAUGGUUCUGAUAUCACAAGUGAUGACCAAGACAACGUUGUGCCACCUGCAAAGGCACAAGUAGUGGGAUGGCCACCGGUUCGAUCAUAUAGGAAGAAUAGUCUACAACAAAAGAAAGAAGAACAGGCUGAAGGGGCUGGGAUGUACGUGAAAGUUAGCAUGGAAGGUGCACCUUACUUGAGGAAGAUAGAUCUAAAGGUUUACAAGAGCUACCCAGAACUCCUCAAGGCCUUGGAAAACAUGUUCAAGUGCACAUUUGGUCAAUAUUCGGAAAGGGAAGGGUAUAAUGGAUCUGAAUAUGCUCCAACUUAUGAAGACAAGGAUGGGGAUUGGAUGCUGGUUGGAGAUGUUCCAUGGAACAUGUUUGUGUCAUCCUGCAAGAGGCUGAGAAUUAUGAAAGGAUCAGAAGCAAAGGGGUUGGGUUGUUUUUGACCCAAAAACCAAAGCAGGACCAUCAUGCAUACCCAUAUCCAAAACAUGGAGCAAAGCAAUUUACCGUGACGUCAUCCAUUGGAAUUUCUUCUGUUUGGAACAUGCAAGCUAGCUAGCUAGCUAGCACUUGGCCUCUGUGAAUGGUCAUAUAAAUUAGCUUAUUGAAAAGAGAGAUGCACAUACACGGUUUUAUUUUUCCUUUAUUUGUUUAUUUCAAAAGCUAGGUGACUUUUUAGACCUGCUUAAAACACUAUUCCAAAUUCUCAAAGCCUAAACCAGAAUUGAAAACUGUAAUGAAAUGAGAAGAGAUCGAAUAAAAGCAAAGGAAAAAAAAACACUAUUCUCAUGUGUCUGGUUACGUACAAAAUAUAUAUACAAAGGGAUCAAGAAGUAGGAACUUCAAUUCUUUGUUUC